UCCGGGGGAGCGCGGCGGUGGUCUCCUGCGGGGGCUGGUGCUGGCGGGGUUGAGCCCGCCAUGGAGCCGGUGACCAGGUGGAGCCCGAAGCAAGUGGUGGACUGGACUAAGGAGCCAUCUUGCUUACCCAGAGAGAUUCCAACAAGGUCAGUCACAUUAGCUGUGUGUGCUGGGAGCUGCAAACCAUAGCUGGAUUUUAGAAGCAAUUAUGGGCCUGGAUGAUUGCCUGCAGCAGUAUGUCCAUAAAUUUGAACGGGAGAAGAUAAAUGGUGAACAGCUGUUACAGAUUUCUCACCAGGAUCUUGAAGACUUGGGUAUCUCACGGAUUGGACACCAGGAACUGGUUCUAGAGGCUGUGGAUCUCCUGUGUGCACUGAACUAUGGCCUUGAAACAGACAAUAUGAAGAACCUGGUUCUCAAGCUGCGAGCAUCAUCCAACAAUCUGCAAAAUUAUAUCAGCAGCCGUAGGAAAAGUUCAAAUUAUGAUGGAAAUACCUCUCGCAAACCCCCUAAUGAAUUCCUUACUUCUGUGGUAGAGCUUAUUGGUGCUGCUAAAGCCUUGCUGGCAUGGUUGGACAGGACACCAUUUACAGGUAUUGCUGACUUUUCAUCAAUGAAGAACAGAAUCAUUCAGCUCUGCUUGGAUCUCACUACUACUGUUCAGAAGGACUGCACUGUGGCUGACAUGGAAGAUAAAGUUCAGACUGUAGCCAAGACUUUAAAUGGCAUUUGUGAUAAAGCCAUCCGAUCAACUACAGAUCCAUUGAUGAGCCAAUGUGCGUGUCUGGAGGAGGUUCAUUUAACUAACAUUAAACCUGGGGAAGGCCUGGGAAUGUACAUCAAAUCGACUUAUGAUGGAUUACAUGUAAUAACUGGAACUACAGAAAAUUCCCCUGCUGAUCGAUCUCAGAAGAUUCAUGCUGGUGAUGAAGUGAUCCAGGUUAAUCGGCAAACUGUGGUUGGAUGGCAACUAAAAAAUCUGGUGGCAAAGUUGCGAGAGAAUCCUGCUGGAGUUAGGCUGCUGCUCAAGAAACGUCCUACUGGCUCCUUCCAUUUCACUCCCGCUCCGCUAAAGAACCUGCGCUGGAAACCACCCUUGGUGCAGGUGAGAGGCUGCUGGCUCAACUCUAACGCCAGGAUGGGAAUGCCUUGGUCGCAACCUGAAAAAGAGAAAUACCAGAAAUGCUCCCAGACCAGUCCUCUGCCAACUUCAACCCAGUCACCAGAAAGCACCAUGGAUACCUCGCUGAAAAAAGAGAAGCCAGCCAUUUUGGAUCUGUACAUACCACCUCCACCAGCUGUUCCAUAUUCUCCUCGAGAUAAAAAGGGGAGUUUUGUAUAUGGAGGAGGCAACAAACCCAGUCAGCCACUACCUGGGUCCAAGGGUGCAGAGUCUCCCAAUUCUUUUCUGGAUCAGGAGAGUCGAAGACGAAGGUUUACUAUUGCUGAUUCGGAUCAGUUGCCUGGAUAUCCCUUGGAAGCAAAUAUGUUACCAGCCAAGAUGAGGGAAAAAACACAGUCCUAUGGAAAACCUCGUCCUUUGUCAAUGCCUGCUGAUGGGAGCUGGAUAGGAGCUGCAGAACCCUUCUCUAGGCCACGAGCACCAGGGAGAAAAGGCAAGGCUUUAGGUGAAGAUGUCCUCUGCAGGUACUUCAGUAAUGAAAGGAUACCCCCAAUCAUUGAAGAAAGCUCUUCCGCACAACACCCCCUCACAAGGCCUGUGUCUGACAAACAGUUAGUGAGAGGAAUGGAUUAUAUUCGAGGUAGCAGGUGUUUUAUGAAUACAGACCUCCACAACAGCGCAACAAUUCCUUUUCAAGAGGAAGGUGCUAAAAAAUCCUCUGUUACAUCGUCCACAAAAUCUUCCUCCGCAGAGCCCUCGCUGCUGGUCAGUUGGAUCACAAGACUGAAAUUGUUGACUCACUGAGUAAUUGUUCACAGGACUGAUACCAAGUGCCUUUGCUCAUCGGUCAGACUUCUGUACUUUUCAGCUUAACUGACGCAUAGCGACUAAUGCUGUUUUCUUUUCCUGGAAAAAAUCUUACAUUUUUGCCUUUUUGUUUAUGAUUUUUUUUUUGAUGGAUCAGAGGGUUUCACAGUGCAAAGUGGAAAAGAUAAAGAUCAAGUAUUCCUCCUGGCCAAAAGCUCAAGGCAUGUAUUCCCUGGAAAUGCAUAACAUUUCAGUGAUGCAGAGGCCAUACAUGACCUGAAACACACAUAAUGACUCAGAGCAAACCAUUGCAUUAUCACUGAAGUCCAGUAGCACUUCAGUUGUCUGAAUGCUCAGAGGCUGGUGUGACUGGCUUGGGUGUCAGAGUAUGUAGAGCUCGGCAAAAAUUGUGUUACUCUCCUGACCAGGCAAGAUAAGCGGGCAAACAGCAGUUUCAUGCAACUUAGUGAUGCUGUUGCAAGUACUGUAUGAGAUCAGCCUUGUGAGGAAGAAGUAGUGUCGCCGUUCUUUCUCUGAUAUCCAGAGAUCUUAGGAAGUGUUAGGAAGAGAGUUCUCCUAUGCAGAGAUCUUAGGAAGUUGGACUAAUUUAAUUAUAAAUCAAUCCAACCUGAUAUAUAAUCCAUUUUAUUGAAAUCGCAGUACAAGUAAAGAGUGCUGAACAAUUGCAGUGCUUAUCCAUAAAAGUACAUGGAUUGCUACAACAUGCCAAGGAAAUGCAUCUGUAGAGGUGGUAAAAGAAUGUAUAUUUUUUUCCUUAAUUGUUUAAGAAUGAUUUGCUGUUAACCAAAGUAAGCUUUUAAAGACAGUCCUGUUGGACUUACAAGAACUUUUACAGUGGUUCAGUUUUUGAAUGAUGUUGUUUUUAUGAAAAAUAUGUGCUAUGAUACAUUACAAUUGUAAGACAUCUUGCUAUUUUCUAUAUAGCUCAAAUUUUUCCCCCUCCAGAAUUCUAAAAUAGCAUUGGGUAUUUUGGGAGGAAAAUAAAACUUCUUUAACAAAAGAUGAUGAUAUUAAAGAGGUAUUGUUUAAAAGUGAAUGUACAUAAGAUUGUUAGAAUGCGAACGGUUGUGUUUAAAAGUAAUUUAAAUGUUAAAUAUAGUUGUAUAUAUUUUUUACUCUUGCAGAUAUAGUUUGUACCUUCCUGUCUGCGGAACUGGGCACAGAUUAGUCAAAUGAAAAGGAAAAGAAAGUCUUUUGUAUUCCCUGCUAAUUGUAAGACUAACUAUUUUUGUAGAUUAUACAUUACCAAUAGCCUUUA